AUGGUUGGAGCCAGGAUCGCCCGGAUGGAUACCAACUACCGGGAGUCCAUCAGCCCAGUUGAACGUCUGGAGAUUUGGCUCCGAUUCUUGGCGACAGGGGACUCCUACAGAACCAUCGGAUUCAGCGUCCGAGUUGGACGGUCCACGGUGGCAGGCAUUGGCCCCUCUGUGGCACAAGCCAUUUGUGACUGUCUGGUCGGCGAAUACAUUCCUGUCCCCAAGGAGGAAGACUGGAGGGCCAUCACUGCCGAGUUCCUGGAGAGGUGGAAUUUCCCCAACUGUCUUGGCUCCAUUGAUGGUAAACAUGUAGUGAUCCAGGCUCCACCGUGCUCGGGUUCGCAAUUCUACAACUACAAGGGAACAUAUUCCGUUGUACUCUUGGCUGUUGUAGAUGCCAUCUACUGUUUCCGUGUCGUCUAUGUUGGUGCUAACAGCAAGGGAAGUGAUGGCGGGACCCACCGGGACUCUCCCUUCGGCCAGGCUCUUCAGGAUGGCACCCUGCAUCACUCCCUGGGGCUGAAGACCUGGGACCCGUUCCCCCACGUCUUCGUCGGCGACGAGGCCUUCCCUUUGAGACCCAACCUCAUGAGGCCCUACGCUGGACGCCAGCUGCCAUUGCCAAAGCCUGUAAGGAUCUUCAACAAACGACUGUCCAGGGCAAGGUUAGUUGUUGAAUGCGCCUUUGGGAUUCUGGCAGCCCGGUGGAGAAUGUUUCGGAGAGUGCUUGGCCUCAGCCCCUCAGAUGUCGAUGCCUGCGUGAAGGCCACUUGUUCUCCACAACUACCUGCGGAGGGCAUCCCAGGAGCCGCUCCGGAUGGAGAUGGACACGCCAAAUGGUCACCUACCUGAUGUCACCAGGGCAGGUGCCAACAACGCCACCAGACAGGCACUCCAG